UUGUUGAUUGUUCAAGCGUUGCUCAAAAUGGCUAUUGCAAGUCUUGUAUUUGUGGUGUUAUUGUGUUACCAGUUGGUGCUCAAUGGAUUUGCUACUCCAAUUGGGCGUCCUUUACACCAGUCUGGUAGUGACCAAGUGCAUGUGGAGCAGAAAGAUGGCCCCUUGUCUUGUCCUUAUGCAAGCCAAAAUCCAAACCCACCAGUGGUAGAGUGCAACUUGGCUGUUCUGCUGUCUUUGAAUAAUGCAUCUGGGCUAGUUAUCCAAAAGGGUAUUGAUGUGAAGAAUUUGUCUGAGUCCAGCUCCCAGCCUGCCAAAGGGCCCAGCACUAUCCCAGCUGGGGAACCUAGCUCUCUGCCUGCUGUGGUGCCCAGCUCCCAGCCUGCCAAGGAAUCCGUUGUUAUCCCAGCUGGGCAACUUGGCUUUCUGCAUGCUGAGGAAUUCAGGCCCCAGCCUGACAAGGAGUCCAACACUUCCCCAGCUGCCGAGUCCAGUCCUCUGCCUACAGAGUCCAGCGCUCACCCAGUUGUAGAGUCCAACCCCCAGCUUGGCAAGGAAUCCAAUGCUAUCCCAGCUGGGGGAUCUAGCUCUCUGCCUGCUGCGGUGCCCAGCUCCCAGCCUGCCAAGCAAUCCAAUGCUAUCCCAGCUGGGGAACCUAGCUCUCUGUCUGCCAAGGAAUCCAAUGCUAUCCCAGCUGGGGGAUCUAGCUCUCUGCCUGCUGCGGUGCCCAGCUCCCAGCCUGCCAAGGAAUCCAAUGCUAUCCCAGCUGAGGAUCUAGCUUUCUGUCUGCUGUGGUGCAGCUCCCAGCCUGCCAAGGAAUCCAAUGCUAUCUCAGCUGGGGGAUCUAGCUCUCUGCCUGCUGCGGUGCCCAGCUCCCAGCCUGCCAAGGAAUCCAAUGCUAUCCCAGCUGGGGGAUCUAGCUCUCUGCCUGCUGUGGUGCCCAGCUCUCUGCCUCCCAAGCAAUCAAAUGCUAUCCCAGCUGGGGAACCUAGCUCUCUGCCUGCUGCGGUGCCCAGCUCCCAGCCUGCCAAGGAAUCCAAUGCUAUCCCAGCUGGGGGAUCUAGCUCUCUGCCUGCUGUGGUGCCCAGCUCCCAGCCUGCCAAGGAAUCCAAUGCUAUCCCAGCUGGGGGAUCUAGCUCUCUGCCUGCUGUGGUGCCCAGCUCCCAGCCUGCCAAGGUAUCAAAUGCUAUCCCAGCUGGGGAACCUAGCUCUCUGCCUGCUGCGGUGCCCAGUUCCCAGCCUGUUAAUGAAUCAAAUGCUAUCCCAGCUGGAGAACCUAACUCUGCUCAGUCUAGCCCCCACCCAUUUACAAAAUCCAGCACUCUCCCAUCAAUCUUAGGUGGCAAGCUGACUGGGUCCAGCCCCCUUCCAGUUGUGAAGUGCAGUGCUCCCCCCACCCGGGAGUCUAGUACUUACAGUCCUGAGGAGUCCCUCCCUGAAUGUGUCAUUGCCUGCCUGCUUCAACCAAAAUGUGCUUAUGCACUGAAGUCUUUUAGUAGAUUUGUUAAUCUCUAAAUGUUGUGUUCACCUUGUUUUAAUCAAUAAAACCAGUUAUUUCAAUGGUGAAA